AUGCGCCUCUCCGUCUUCCUCAUUGCCGCUGGGCUAGUCUCCGGCGCCGCCAUCCCGGUCCGUAAUGCCGAGCGCGAGAUGGCCUUCGUCCGUCGAGCCGGUCUCGAACGGGAGCGCGGCGUGCAGGCGCGUGCUGCCGUGCAGUCCACUCGCGCAACGCUGGAGCAAGACAUCGUCGCCGCUAUCCACCCCCGCGCUCCCGAGCCCGCCGCCAUCAAGCCCAACGAGGCGCUCAACCCCCGCAGCCACGGCUGGGACGCUGUCGAGCGCGGUGCGGUCGACAUCUGGGUCGAGUAG